UAUUCCAGGAGACAGUGCACCGUCACAUCUAACUGGCGGCAGAGCAAUGAUGAAGAUCCUACAAAGCACAGGAGAGAUGACAAGUCUUUUACCGUCCCAGAUUAACAACACCAGAAAUGCCCAACAGGAUAUAGUGUUUUUUAAUAGGGUUCCAAAAGUGGGAUCUCAGAUGUUUAUGGAACUCAUCAAACGACUGAGUAUUCGAAAUGAUUUCGGUUUCAACCAAGACAGAGUGCAAAGGGUGGAAACCAUAAGGAUGGACACUGAAGAUCAAGCAAGAUUGGCAGCUUUGGUUUCUAUCUAUACUCCACCUGGAGUGUAUAUUAAACAUGUUUGCUUCACAAAUUUUAGCGAGUUCGGUUUUCCGGAACCGAUUUACAUAAACAUUGUAAGAGAUCCUAUUGAACGUGUUAUUUCUUGGUAUUAUUAUGUUAGAGCUCCAUGGUAUUAUGUGGAAAGAAAAUUAGCUUUCCCGGAUAUUCCUCUUCCUGAUCCAAAGUGGCUGAAGAAGGAUUUCGAGACAUGCGUUUUGUCCGGUGACAGAGAAUGCAAAUACAUAAAAGGAGAAACGCGAGAAGGAAUAGGAGAUCAUAGAAGACAGUCGAUGUUCUUCUGUGGACAUGCCGAUGAAUGUACGCCAUUUAACACAAGGGGUGCAUUGGAAAGAGCCAAAAUGGCGGUCGAGAGGCACUAUGCUGUCGUGGGAGUUUUGGAAGAUUUGAAUAAAACUUUAACAGUUUUUGAAAAUUAUAUUCCUCGAUUUUUUGAAGGAGCUUCUGACGUUUAUUGGAAUGAGAUAAACAAAUAUCAUACAAUUAACAAAAAUACAUUCAAGCCACCAGUUAGUGAAGAAGUUAAAGAUAUCGUAAGAAGAAAUUUCACAAUGGAAAUUGAAUUUUACGAAUUUUGUAAACAACGAUUACAUAAGCAAUAUGCAGCUUUAAGACUUCCAGAGAUUCCGUAGGGUGUAUAACAAAAAAAAAAACAAUAAAAUAAACUGAAGUGUAUAAAAAAAUAUAAUUUUGUACUAUUACAGACGAGAAAAUACACACUAUAACUGUUUCUCGAAUAAUAAUAAGUUCUAGAAUAUG